ACAAAUGCCAAACUCAAACUUGUUGACAAUAAUCUUCUUCUCUUGUUUAUGGAGACCAUGUCAACAACAACAACAUCCUGAUUGCAUACAUCGUUGUGGUAACAUUGACAUUCCGUACCCGUUUGGAAUCGGGCCGCCUGAGCACGGCUGCUACUCCGAUGACAACUUUGCUGUCUCUUGUAACAACUCAUCACGUAAACCAAUCUUACAGAAAUUCAAUCUUGAAAUUCUUGAGGUGCGAAGCAAUCCGCCAUACGAAUACGGACAAUAUGGAGGAGUAACUGUUAAGAUCCCAUCAGUCUCCGCUUGUAGGGGUACUACCAUACACUGGAAUAGUCCGAAUUUAAAGGGGUCUCCAUUUAACUUUGGAAGUCCAAAUAUUUUUGCAUCUGUAGGAUGUCAUGGUUAUGCCUCAUUCGAUGAUGGUCGAAAUCGUAACAUAGAAGGAUGCACUUCAAUAUGUCUUGAUAUUCAAGAAACGAAUACGAGUACUUUGUUAGAGUUGGACCAAUGCUAUGGCUAUAACAGUUGUUGCCAAAUUGACAUUCCUUUGGCUAAAAAAUAUAGCAUUAGUGUGAGUGUCAACAAUGCAUCAGGGCAUUAUUGCAGGUCAGCCUUCUUGAUAAGUCGGGAAUAUUUGGCAAGUCAUGCACUAAGCCAGUCGACCGUGCCUUCGAUGGCUGCCGUUCCGGUCGUGCUUCUCUGGUAUAUAGAGAACCUAAAUGAAGGUACUUAAUUUUUUUGUUCUUUUUUUUUUUAUGAAAUGAAGGUACUUUUUUUUUUUUGAAUGAAGGUACUUAAUCUGAUUCUUGUAUAUUAUUAAGACUUUUAAGAGUUUCUUCAUUGUUAUUUGUUUUUGUUCUUUUCUUAAGUAACUCCAACUACAUACACACACACAAAACAAAACAAAACAAAACAAAACAAAACAAAAAAAAAAGAGUAGUUUUUUACAUACACCAUCUUACUUCAAUCUAGGGGUGCUAAUUGAGUUGAGCACUCGUACUC